UUUAGCAAAUGGACCUUGUGCUGGUGCCACAGAAAGCCCAUGGAAACUUCUUUGAGGGAGACUGCUACCUCUUACUGUAUACAAAAAAAUCUGGCAACAACCUGCUUUAUGAUAUCCACUACUGGAUUGGUAAUGAUUCUUCUCAAGAUGAGCAGGGGUCAGCAGCCAUAUACACCAUCCAACUGGAUGACUAUCUGGGAGGAGGCCCAGUGCAGCAUAGAGAAGUGCAAGGAUAUGAAUCAGAGUCCUUCAAAGGGUACUUCAAGCAGGGAGUCAUUUACAAGAAAGGUGGCGUGGCAUCUGGUAUGAAACAUGUGGAUACUAACACAUAUGAUGUGAAGAGGCUGCUUCAUGUUAAGGGCAAACGGAAUGUCACAGCUACCGAGGUGGAACUGAGCUGGAACAGUUUUAAUAUUGGGGAUGUGUUUUUGCUGGAUCUGGGGAGAGUGCUCGUCCAGUGGAAUGGACCUGACAGCAAUAAGGCAGAGAGAAUGAAGGUAACUGCUGCUUCCAGAGGUAUGCUGUUGGCUAAAGACAUACGUGAUCGAGAAAGAGGAGGCCGAAUGGAGAUCGGGGUGAUUGAAGGAGAUAAUGAGCAAACAUCAUCUGAGUUACUGAAACUUCUAUACAACACACUUGGAGAGAGGACCCAGACUAUUGGACCAGGGACUGCUGAUGAAAUUGCAGAUCAGACACAGAAAGCUAACAUCAUGCUAUACCAUGUUUCAGAUGCUAGUGGGCAGAUGGAGGUGACAGAUGUAGCAACACGACCAUUAGUUCAAGACAUGUUAAAUCACCAGGACUGUUACAUCUUAGAUCAAGGAGGAAUCAAAAUAUAUGUUUGGAAGGGGAAAGGAGCGACAAAGGCUGAGAAACAGACUGCAAUGUCCAAAGCUUUGGAAUUCAUUAAAAUGAAGUCAUAUCCGCACAGCACCAACGUGGAGAUGGUUAAUGAUGGAGCUGAAUCUGCCAUGUUUAAACAGCUUUUCCAGAAGUGGACAGUGAAAGACCAAUCGGUGGGUUUGGGGAAGGCUUUCAGUGCCAGUAAGAUUGCCAAUGUCAGCCAAGAGAAAUUUGAUGCUUCCCUACUUCAUGCAAAGCCAGCAAUGGCCGCUCAGGAACGUAUGGUAGAUGAUGGAAGUGGAAGUGUUGAGGUGUGGAGAAUAGAGAACUUGGAGAUGGUUCCAGUGGACCCUCAAUGGUAUGGCUUUUUCUUUGGAGGUGACUGUUACCUGGUACUCUACACAUACCAGGUCAACAAGAAAGCACACUACAUUCUCUACAUAUGGCAGGGUCGCCAUGCAUCACAAGAUGAACUAGCGGCUUCUGCCUUCUUGGCUGUUCAACUCGAUCAAGAUUUUAAUGGAGAGCCAGUACAGGUGCGAUUGUGCAUGGGAAAGGAGCCUCGACACUUUAUGGCCAUCUUUAAAGGAAAGAUGGUUAUAUUUGAGGGGGGCACAUCCCGCAAGGGAAACGAAGAUCCCGAGCCACCUGUCAGACUGUUUCAGAUUCACGGCACAGAACCUUCCAAUACCAAAGCUAUAGAAGUUCCUGCAUAUGCAUCUUCACUUAACUCCAAUGAUGUUUUCCUGCUGAAAACCCAGGCUGAACACUACCUGUGGUAUGGAAAGGGGUCAAGUGGAGAUGAAAGAGAAAUGGCCAAGCAACUGGCAGUCAUUUUAUCUGAUGGCUCUGAGGAGGCUCUGGCAGAGGGACAAGAAACUUUACAGUUUUGGGAAGUUCUGGGUGGCAAAGCCCCAUAUGCCAAUGACAAAAGGCUUCAGCAGGUAAAUGAAGAUGUUCAACCACGGCUCUUCGAUUGUUCCAACAAGACUGGACGCUUUAUUGUUACUGAAAUCACAGAUUUUAACCAAGAUGAUCUUGACCCAACUGAUGUCAUGCUCCUGGACACAUGGGAUCAGAUAUUUCUGUGGAUUGGUUCAGAGGCCAAUGACGUUGAAAAGAAGGAGGCACCAGUGACCGCUUUGGAAUAUCUGAACACUCAUCCCAGUGGCAGAGACCCAGAAACACCGUCCUAAUCAUCAAACAGGGAUUUGAGCCACCAAACUUCAGAGGGUGGUUUCUGGCCUGGGAUCCACUCAAAUGGAGUAGUGGUAAAUCCUAUGAAGAGCUGAAGAAAGAACUAGGUGAUACUGGGGCCAUAGAGAAGAUUACAAGGGAAGUCAAUGGCGUUGUGCUGUCCCCCAGCUCAAGUCAGAACAGCGUCUAUCAGUGUUUUCCCCUUGAUGCUUUAAUAGGGAAACAGAAACAUGAACUGCCAGAAGGUGUGGAUCCCACAAAGAAAGAGAACUACCUCUCAGACGAGGACUUUGUUACUGCGUUUGGGAUGACUAGGGGAGAGUUUUCAGCUUUACCUGCAUGGAAACAACUAAGCUUGAAAAAAGGAGUCGGACUUUUCUAA